AUGGCCCGAGAGACUGAAUCUGGGAUGCGGUUGCGAGGUAACAUUCAACGACCCAUACGCUUUGAAGAAGAACAGAUUCACUUUCGAAAGCCAUACCAAAGACGGAAUGGCACCCUGCCAGCCUUUCCUGAACUUCUCGCCAGUAGCACGGUACCAUACAAUCCCAGACAACCUCCUGCAGCCUUCCCAUCCCUGCCUCUAACCGGCAUUCCACCUACCAAGCAGUCCUCUGUGGAGGCCUCCACAUCCAAUCCGUUGAAUGAAGACAAUCGACCAGUUCCGCCAGUGGUGUAUUCGCAACUCGAUAUCUCCCGACUCAUCAGUGAGGUGGUCGAAAUUCACAAGACCGAUUACAAGAAGAGCAAUAGUAUUGCCUCCUGGGACUUCGGAGGCGCCGACUCUUUUGGGCCUGCCUCUCGAUUCAGGGCGGAUGAGAAGGUCGAGUGGGGUUCUCUAGAACUUGCAUAUCAGCAUCGCAUCUUCCAGGCCAUCAGUCGUCUACGUGAUGAAACUAAUGCAGCUCACUGGCUUGGCCUUUCUCCAGAAGAAGCUGUGGCCAUCAACGCUGCGGUUAGAUGGCGUCAAAAGUUCCCAAUCACAUUGGCUCAGUACCACGAAGGCCAGAAUACUUUGCAGAACUGCAUGAAUCCGGAGCUCCUCAUGGCAUACAUGGACCUGAUGGUCAAGAUCAGUCAUUUCGAGCUGGGGUCGCCGUUGCAAUUGCUCCGGGCAGGCUUGUUCUUACGCCAGCUCGGUUUGCCCGGCAACCUGCUUGGAACAUGGAUAUCUGAUUCUCUAGGCUCUGGUCAGUUAAUUGAUGCGUCGCCUCUUGCCGAUCGCUUGCCUGUCGGGGCCUUGACGAGCGAGCACCUGCACCAGAUGAGUCUGCAAGCUUUACGAGGUUCGAAGCUUCCCUUACAAGCGAGAAAGCCCCCAAUCCAUUCGAAUAUGAGCCUGCAGCAACGCCCAAAAUCGCUUCCCCCAACAGCAGUCCGUCGGCCGAGAAAGCAGACGCCUGGGCUACUUCAAGAACUGCUCGGUACCCGUUCAUCGUCCCCAGCGCUCGACCGUACCCGCAAUCCUGGAUUUAGCGAGAAUUGCACGCGAGCAAGAGGGCGUUCCAACUCAGCACGCUUGAGCGAGACAUCUAGGGAUCAGAUCGAUCUGCUGCGUCCAGCGACGCAGCCCGUUCCGCAGAUUCCGGCUCCAAGUUCGACAGCUUCAUCACCUCCAGCUUCUCAGGAGACUGCCCACCAUCUAUCCUCGCAAGCAGCUCAUAGCUCAAUAAUGCCGACCUCAUCCACUCCCGGGCACAACCCAAAUUCACCAGGCUUGCCCCGCACCUCCGGUAUAUCCUCCGACGAUCGUACUGCCGGUCCUAUGAGUCUACGCAGCCGCGGCAGCCUGAGGGAGACAGAAGCUAUGUCGGCAUUGCGACAAACCCAGGGUUUCUGGGGUAGCUCUCGCGAUGAAACAGACCCCAACCGCUCAGCUACUGAAACUGUUGAAGGAGGCACCCUAGCAGUCACUCCUUCGAUGUCAGAAUCUUGGCCCAGAACCCCGAAGCUGAUUUUGAAGGUCAGCGAUACAGGGUUCGCGAGCGUCAGUCCCGGACAGCAGCUAAUUCCAUCACCGCCCUCGAGAGGUGGGAAGGCGUCCAGUAACUUCGCAGGGUUCGAGAAGCCUGCGAGCCUGAAGUCGCCUGUUAUCGCGCCUACUGAAGCUGAUGUGGCUCUGCCACCCUGGUCUACUCCGCAGCCUAGUAUUCUCAACCGCGAGCCUUUGCAACCACAGAACACCUUCAAGCAAUAUAGUGUAUACCCAGGCUCGCCGGAGGCUGGACCUGCGAGACUGGGUAAUUCUCUUGAUUUCAGCAGCAAGCUUAUAGCAUCGCCUGAAGCCCGGCCAAGCACACCUGAUACUGGUGACCUUGGUGUCUUUGGCACCGAAGACGGCUACAUUUCGAGCAGCUCCGUUGGUCCGGCUGACGAAAUGGAUAUUGACGAGGGACAGGCUUUGUAUUUGCCCGGUACAAUACCUUCGCAACAGGCCAGCGAUCCUGUGCUGCAUAGCUCCCGGAUCAACCAUCUUGGCUAUCCUAUGGAGAGCAUUUUGCCUAGCAUCGAAGAAGACAUCGAAAUAGAAGACGCACCUGUGCUGCAGCGACCAUCUCUUGCUCCAGACGUGCCAGCUGUGUCUGCUGCCCACAGCGUGAUGGUGCGCCCCAAAAAGGUCGUUGGUCUGAGACGAAGACUGGUUUCGAGCAGCCGCAACAGCCCACCUAGACUUGGGAGCAUCUCUCCUAUAUCAGAGAACGAAGAUUUUGAUGAGUACCACGCCUGGCUAAGGGGUGAGCGUGAGCACGGACCCCUACCACAAGUUCGAGCUAUCACAGCCGCUGAAACACCACGGGGAACUAAGAGCAGCCCCACAAUGGCUACGACAGCUGUCGAAACACUUCCCAGUCAGGCUACAACCCCUAGAGCUCAGCCUGUCACCUCUUCCGAACCGCCACCCUUUAAGAUCAAGCUCCAGCUGCGGCUCAACGAAGAGGCAGCGCCCCAGCCGCCCGCGCUAGCAGGCACAUCAUUGGCUAUACGCUUCGUCGAUCCUGGUGAAGAAGGUGACGAGUCCUGGGAAGAUGAAAAGCCGAAGAAAAAGAAGCAAAAGAAAGCCAGCACUCCUGUGAGGACCUCUUCUAGUACAGCGAAUUCAAGGAGCACUACGCCAAGGGUGUCUGUCUCUAACAAGGCUACAGAGUCGACUGAUGGGAUCAGGAAGGCGGUUUCGAAGAAGGGCAACGGUGCUGUCACUGGAAGGACCACUCGAGCUCAGUCGCUGGCUGCUGGGGAGGCGGUAAAAUCGAGGCCAGUCGCUGAGCCAGGCACUGCUACCAAAGACGCAGAAAGCUCGAAUGCUUCUACGCUAAUCCCUAAUGUAAAGAUACCACUGAAAGCGAGGCCUACACCUCGCCUGCAUCGCUCCACGACACCUGCUCGAUCAGACCGACCCAAAACUCGUCAUCAGACGGCCGUGCAGGCUAUUCUAGAUGAGGAGAACGUCACCGUUAGAGACUCUGCGAGCGAUGCGGAAUCCAAGGGCGCAAACGAGGACUCGAAGUCAGCAAAACCGAGGAAGAAGUGGACGCACAAGGAGUAUCACAAGUCACGAGAGAGUCCGAGGUUGGCUAUCAUGGACCUACCGAACAUGAAGACGUAG